CACACUAGUUUUUACAAAUAUUUGUCCUGGUUCUUUUGGGCUAUUGCGCAAGAGUUAACCCCCCAUUUCAGCCUAUAAAAAGGAAGGUUUUGUCCCCUUGUUGUAGCUUGAAGGAAGCUUUAGUUUCUUUGGUGUGAAGUUUUGGGCGAGGAGGUCGAGCGGUUGAAGAUUUGGAGUGCGGUAUCUUUGAGCAAGUGUGCUGAGACUCGUGCGACUCGAGUUCUCAGGUUGUACCAGUUUGUUAAGCACCCGUAAGCUUAAUGAAGGCAGUGUUCGGGAGACUGGACGUAGCCACAAGUUAAGUCCGGAACAACUUUCCCACGGAAAACGACCCGGGAAUUGCCUCGCGAGUCUGCUCAGCCUUUGUACCUCGGACUCAGUGGGUCGUCUCGGCGGCACUUGGAAUAGAUCUCGCAUGGAGGAAACGAAGCUCAAGAGGAAGGGGGGCGUGCUGAAGAAGGAGAAGGAGCCCCCUCUCAAGAAGUGCUCUAGGGCCGAUCGUAUCAGCCGCAGUACAAAUGCGUUCAUCCAGAUCCUGGGCAAUGGAAUGGAUACUCAUGAUGCAUCAUCUUCAGUCCUACUUUUCUUUGAUCGCCAAAGAUAUAUUUUUAAUGCUGGUGAGGGUCUGCAAAGGUUUUGCACGGAGUAUAAAGUUAAGUUAUCAAAGAUAGAUCAUAUAUUGUUCUCCCGUGUGUGCUCGGAGACUGCAGGUGGACUUCCAGGAUUACUAUUAACACUGGCAGGCUUGGGACAACAACAACAUUCCAGUGAAAUCUCACGAGUGGGGUCCAUGGAGGGUAGAUGUACAAAGACCAUACCCCUACCUAGGAAGGCAGAGAGACUGGUUUCACUGGUAGAAGAAGGAAAUUCAGUUAAUAUAUGGGGCCCUUCAGAACUGAAUUACUUGGUCGAUGCCAUGCGUUGCUUCGUCCCUAAUGAUUCCAUGGUCCACACAAAAGUAUUCAUGGAGAACGGUGUUCUUAUUGAUAAUGCUGAUGUUAAAAUAUCUGCUAUUCUCCUUUGUCCUGAAGAUCGUUCUCUGAUAACAAACAAUGAUGAUUCAUCCAAAUCCCUCGAGGAAAAGAGGAGAAUCAGUUUUGGGCCGAAGCCAGGUGGCAUGUCAGUGGUUUAUGUUUGUGAGUUACCAGAAAGGAUGGGUGCAUUUCACCCGGAUAGAGCCAUGGAGAAAGGACUACAAGCCGGGCCUCUGUAUGGCAUGCUGCAGAAUGGAAAAUCAGUCUUCUCAAAACAAAUAAAUAUCGAGGUACAUCCUGCUGACGUGAUGGAUCCUCCAACCCCUGGUUCAAUAGUAGUUCUUGUAGAUUGCCCCACCAAAUUUCAUUUCUGCAAAUUAAUGUUCGAAGAUUCUUUGAGAAACUAUUAUUCAGAUCUCUCUGGUGAAGGAUCUUCAAAAGUUGUGAGCUGUGUGAUUCAUUUGAGCCCAAUCUCUGUCAUAAGUGAUCCUGAUUACCAGACUUGGAUGAAGAGAUUUGGUUCAGCCCAGCACGUAAUAGCUGGUCAUCAAAAGAAAAAUGUAGAGAUCCCGAUUUUAGGAGGGAGUGCAAGAAUUGCUUCCCGGUUGAAUUACCUAUGCCCUCAGUUUUUCCCUUCCCCUGGUUUUUGGUCUGUGAAAAAAUCUUUUCCACUAUCUGACUCUUUUUGCAAUGAGGGCUAUUCUCCGAACUCAAGUGAGAUAAACUUUGCCGAAAAUCUUAUGCUUGAGGGCUUUUCUCUAAUCUCAAGCGAGACAAUCUCUGCCGAAAAUCUGCUUAAGUUUAGAUUACAAUCUAGAGAUAAAAUUGGAUUGGACAGAUCAUUCAUCCCGAGUUUGAAGAGUGCCUCUAAGACAGAAGAGGAAUUGCUUGCCGAGAUUCCAGAAAUUGCAGUUGCUAAAGAAGAUGUGCGGAAUUUGUGUAACCUAGAUAAGGAGAUUGCUGUGGAGACAAAUUUCAUGCAAGAGGAAAUGUGGCCAACUGAGAAUAAAAUUCCUAAUUGCUUGGAAAAUGUAAGAGAUGAUGAUCUUGAGAUUGUUCUUCUAGGAACAGGUUCUUCUCAGCCAUCAAAGUACAGAAAUGUUAGUUCAAUAUAUAUCAAUCUCUUCACCAAGGGGGGCUUGCUCCUCGAUUGUGGGGAAGGAACCCUCGGCCAGAUGAGAAGAAGAUUCGGAAUAAUGGGUGCAGACAAGGCCGUGAGUGACCUCAAGUGCAUAUGGAUUUCUCACAUUCAUGCCGAUCACCACACAGGAUUGACGAGAAUUCUCACCCGGCGACGUGAGCUACUUAAAGGGUCGCCUCACAGCCCUAUAAUUGUCGUGGGGCCUUGGCAGCUUGAGAAAUACCUGAAUGCAUAUCAGAAACUGGAAGAUCUUGACAUGCUCUUCCUAGACUGUAGAAAUACCACCAAAGAAGCACCCACACUCGAAGAUUUCCCCAGAAAAAAGGAUGCAAUUCCGAUCCUUGAGAGCUUGAAGAAGGUGCUAUGGGAAGCGGGCUUGGAUGAUCUGGUUAGUUUUCCAGUAAGGCAUUGCGGGAAAUCGAAUGCAGCUUUUGGCGUGGUUAUCAAGGCAUCAGAGAGAGUCAACAAUGUUGGAAAGGUCAUUGAAGGGUGGAAGGUUGUGUAUUCAGGCGAUACUAGGCCAUGCACUGAGCUCAUUGAGGCUUCUCGUGGCGCCACCCUUCUCAUACACGAGGCAACUUUCGAGGACGGGAAGGCAAGUGAUGCGAUAAAGAAGGAACACAGCACGAUGGGGGAGGCGAUUCAGGUAGGAGCGGAUGCUGGGGUGUAUCGGAUCAUUCUAACCCAUUUCAGCCAAAGGUACCCAAAACUUCCCGUGUUCGAUAAUACCCAUAUGAAGCACAAGACUUGUGUUGCCUUUGAUCUCAUGAGCGUUAACUUAAAGUACCUUCACAUUCUCCCUCAGAUCAUGCCUUACCUUACACUUUUGUUUAACAAAGAGAUGGAUGAUGAUGAAUCAGAGGAUAUUUUUGAAUAAUAAUAAUAAUCCUCUAAUGAUUAAAUGUUCAAUUUUUCCAUUAUGUUUUCCUUCAACUCUUUAGAUCACUUGCUUGAUUAUAUAGAUAAUAUAUGAGUCGAUUGUACCGAGUAACUUUUGUACUGUGGAGUUCCAUUUGACUUUUUUAAUGAUUAGGGGUAGGGGGUGUUUGUUUUUUGGCCAGAAGAGCUUUUGGCCUCUUUUGUCUGCGCCGCGCAGACGCUGAGCUCUGCAGAUUGUUUGUUUUUUUGGAAAACAUUUCACUCAAAAAGUUGCCAGAGUAAGAUUUGGUGUUCGCCGCAAGUUUCGCCAGAAAUUAUCCAAAACCUCCGUUAAGCUUUGAGGUAUGCAGAAUGAAUGAAGUAAUUGUUCCUGG